GACAAGAUGGCGGUGGUUACCUCGUGUUAUAUCGAAGGGCAUUUUUGUUCACAAAUACCCGCUUAUUUUACGUUUUAGCGACUCGUUAGUCUUGGAAAUUAUAACUCAAUGGACAGGGAAAACGAUUCUGUAUGAAAGAGAAAAGGAUGUGCAGUUAUUGUGAUGUUAUUUGUUGUGAAAGACGGCCCGAAAUUUCGCUACUUAGGUUUGCUGUACUGGUUUAUAAAACAUUUACAAGCAACAGCAAAUGAACUAUGUGGCAAAGAAACCAAUGUGUACAAGCCAAUGAAGUUUUUCAGUUUAAAGGUCAGUUUACCUUUUAAUAAUUAGUUCAUUUAGUUGUAUAUUAAUACGAAGUACUGGAAUAGUACGCCGAGUUUGAUUUGCUAUAUUGAAAUUUGUACUGUAGUCGGAAUAUUUAAGAUAAGGUAUGGAUAAACAGAGCCCAACCCCUUCUCUAACCCUAACCAAUAAAUGUGUAAUGAACUAUUUGAGAGUUAAAAAGGUUGGGGGGAAAUUUUAAAAUAUUUUAAGAAAAAUUUCUACUGUUGGAAACUGUCGUAAUUUAUGCAUCAGUCAAUUCUAGCGUUGCUCAUCCCCCCCCCCCGGGCAUUUGUACUGUUUUUUUGCCCGGGGGGGGCAGGCAUUGGUACUUGCAAAGUUGUCCCAGGGGCAGGGAAUUGUUUACUGGCUGGGCAUUUGACUCGACUGGACGUUUCUGCGACGAACAUGUGCUAUCAAAUUAAAAUGGUGUCGAAGAAUUCGGGUGUAAAAACGAGGAUUUUGUCGAUAUUUUCAUUCACAAAACGUCACACCAAUCGCACUUGAGAAACUAAUUAAAGUUGUGUUUAACUAUCUAGCAUAAAAACACUAGAAUUCAUAGUACAAUCCUUGUUUUAUAUCUUGCUACGUGAUUGUAUAUUAAGGAUGACUGCUGUAGCUUUUAUACAAGGAAGCUAAUAAUGUUAUGGAAGUUUUGAGGUUUAAAAUACAUUCUCUAAAUGAGUCGGUGUGCCCUGGGGCCGGACAUUUGUCAUCUUUUUUUUUGCCCGGGGGUGGGGCAUUGCCACACUUUUUCUGCCCGACCCCCGGGAAUUGUCAACUUAAAGAGAAAAAAGUGCAAAUGCCCGGGGGGAUGGGCAAUGCUAGAAUUGACUGAUGCAUUAGAAUUAGUAUUUUUGUUCAUGUGUGGGACGCGCAAGUCCAAACUUUAAACACUUCGGAAAGUUGCGGAUUAUACCGGUGGUUGUUUUUUCGACAAGAGAACUUAAAAACAUGUGGCUGUAAAACUGUGAAAUUGGUGAUUUUGUAAUAGAUGUUAUACUGUGAUUUGUUGUGAUUUAUUUUGGGUGAUACUUGGAGGCAAUCUUCAACACUACUGGCCAGGGUGCAUUCCAUGUAAACUCUACGCCGGAGAUACGCCAAGAUAUAUGAUCCUUUACGCCAAUACAUCGGAGAUUUUCAGUUUUGGGGGCUUAAAUCCAUGUUUUGAAAACAUCUAAUGUGGUGAUUCAUGAAAUCAGGCACAAACUAAUCACUUGUUUUUGAGUGAUCUCACACCAUUACGCCAACAAUAUUGUAACCUCAUGCUGGAUAUACUAGAUCUAGUGUGGAGUGCAUGGAAUGCACACUGGUCUACGGGGCUGUUUAUAUGGAAGCAGGGUUCGAAUUAAUUCGGAAAAAAUGGUUCGUGAAUUUUUUUUUAUUUUAAGGGAAUUUUCAAGGAAUUUUCGCUAAUUGGAAGUUAAAAAGUGGAAGCACUGCAAUUUUCAAAUAUAUAAUAUCAGGGCUGCAAAUUACUGUCGGACAAUGUCCGACUAAAUUUGGCAGAUGUCCGAGCAAAAGUAAUUUUGAUCGGACAUUAGUCAGAUCACAAAAAAAAUUGUCACAUUACACAUUUUUGCUGUGACAAAAUCCGAUUGCAAAUUGCCUGGGGCAAUUUGCAUUUUGCAAUAAAAUUUACGAGGCAUUCUCGCAUUUUACUUAACGCUGUAACAGUGUAUCCUGCAUGUUGAGAAUGAGUCGAAAAUUGACACGCUUUAUUUAUAUAAAAGUAAAGUUUUGCAGUUUUCGUUCGUAUAUAUAAGUUUGAAUUAUUCAAGUGUGAAAAAUAAUAGUUAUUAAACAGUUGCUCGGAUUAAGAGACUGCUAUGUGAACUGAACUCAAAACAAUUUGUUUUAGUAUAUAGCAGGGCUCAAGAUUAGCGGUAUCCCGAUAUCCACAGGAUACCAGAUUUCAAUUUUGGAUACUAGAUAUCAUAGGUUUAGUAUCCAGACAGGAUACUAAAAACCCCGAAAUAUUGGCAAAGUUUGUACAUCGCAGCGAAAUGUUCGUCAAAAUAAUGUUUUUUUUGUUGUUUGUCACACGAAAAUGGAAUGAACCUGAGCACAAGGUUAAUUUCUGCCUCUCGAUUUUCGGCAGUGAUUGCUCAGAGCAUAACCAAUGAUUACGCGCAAUUUCCUGUCGCCAUCGCAACGUAAUGAAAUUUGACUUGUGUUUCUAUAUAUGCCUAUGGUUUUUUCCUGCAAGCACGAGAUAAAAAUCAUGUGAUACCACUUAUCGAAAUACCUACUACCCAAAUCUGGGAUACUAAAUUUCAAAUAGGGAUACUAGAUUUCAAGACCCUAGUAUCCACUUGGAUACCAGUUAAAAAUUCAAAUCUUGAGCCCUGAUAUAGUCAAGAAAGCUUCCUUGGAAGGUGCGUGUCUAGAAAAUAGAAAUGGCUUUCAUAUUAAGGGGCCGAUUACAUGGAGCAUUUUCAACCCCGGGGUUGAACUCAGCCCUACAGGGCUGCAAAUAAAUAUUUGACUUGACAGGACAUUUGUCCGAUCACUUUUAAUUUUGGUCGGACAUAACUUGAAUUUGGUCGGACAAAAACCAACACCACUAAAUUUGGUCGGACAUAUACAGUAUAUGUCACAAGAUAUAUAUAAGUCACGAGACAAGUAUGUAUGUAUAGCCAUUCCGGUAGUAAAGUGCUAGAAUGUCUCGUAAAUUUUAUUGCGAAAUGCAAAUUGAGUGAAUUUGCAAUCGGAUUUUGUCACAGCAAAAAAAUGUAUGUGAAUGUGACAAUUUUUUUUGUGAUCGGACCAAUGUCCGAUCAAAAUUACUUUUGCUCGGACAUUUGCCAAAUUUAGUCGGACAUUGUCCGAUGUCCGACAGUAGUUUGCAGCCCUGGCCCUGUUUACCGGGUUGAAAUUUCAGCCCUGUCUGUAAUACAAAACUCUAUCAAAAUCAAACGCGCGAUUACAUGACAAAAUUUUCAACCCAUGGCUGAGUUCAACCCCGGGGUUGAAAUUUCAACCCUGCUUCAGCUAGCAGGGUUGAAAUUUCCACCCCGGGGUUGAACUCAGCCCUGGGUUGAAAAUUUUGUCAUGUAAUCGUUUCAACCCAGGGCUAAAAUUAUCAUGAGUUAUUCGAGCAUACGUGGUAGUGACUAUUUAUUACAAGAAAACAAAAUAAAGGUUUUUUUUUUUACUUUACGCGAAUCGAUGCCGAGAACGUAUAGUAUUACACUAUUACGUUUCAACCCCGGGGUUGAAAUCGUCCAUGUAAUCACAAAAAAUUUCAACUCGGUUAACAGGGCUGAGUUCAACCCCGGGGUUGAAAAUGCUCCAUGUAAUCGGCACCUAAGGACGAGGUUAAGGAAUGCAGUAAUACUAAAAAAUGCAUUAACAUGUAAUUAAACAUAGCAACGCUUGUCAAUCAGUCGCAAGUUACAUCGAAUUUCAGUCCGAAUUUUACUUGAACGAAUUUCGAAGUGAAUUUCUGCAAAUUAUCCGACAAAACGUGUUUGUGUUCGCAAGUCACAAGAAGCCGCCAAGUGUUCCGCCACGCCGGAGCUAUUUGAAAACAGCGUAGAAAAGUCAGAAUAAGCAAUCGCUAAUUUACUCUACGCUGGAGCGAAAUCGUUUGAAAACUUUCACGUCACUUUUGCCAUAACAAUUUGAGCACGGUUUCUAAACGGAGCGAGGCGAAAACGGCGGAGCGCUUGAUAGGUUUGUGUAAACACAAACAUGUAAACUCGAAUGCUUUUCAGUUAAAUUUCUUGGGUCUAUUUGAAAUAUUUUGGGUUUACACGAGUGCUAAUUCAAUUUGUAAACAAACUGUAAUGGCGGUAGUGUGAACACACGUAAAUUCUGCCCGCAUUAGUUCGCUCGCGCGUAGUGUGAACGUAGUCUAAUUUUCGGUGACGUUUUCAAACGGCGAGGUAGCCUUUAGAAAAAUUUAGAAAUAGUGGAUGUCCGAAGGGGAGGGGGGUAAUUUUGGGCUUUGAUGUCCGGAGAGGGGGGAGGAUGAACCAUUCAAGGAUGUCCGAAGGGGGGGAGGGGGUUAUUUUCGAUUUCCUCCGUAGGGGGGUAUGGAUCUUUUCUGGAAUGACCCAUUCCAAAGUUUUGUUGGGAGAUGUUGUAAAAUACAAAUAAUAUAAGCCCCUAAAUCAAACAGAAAACCGACGGCUAAAACAAAACCUGACCUGAGCUCAUUUCACUUUGCACACAGACAACGCCUUUGCUGAGUACGCUACCAGUCUGAAUUGCUGAAAGCUGUUGCAAAAAACUGUUUUAUAUUACUACUUUACAAAAUGUAAUAAUUGGGUGCCAUACUUCAGUACGAUUAUUAGUUCGAUAUUAAUUAUUUAUAAGCACUAGUUAAGGCGUAAAAAACCCUGUGGUUCUGGUUCCCCGACCAACCCUAUUUUUUCUGCCGACCCUAUUAUUUUUUCAACACGUUGACUGUGCGACCCUAGGUUGGGUGGUUGUGGCCUGUUGCCAAAAUGGUGUCUGUUGUCACACUAAACACUAAUUAUUGAAAAAACAAUGAAAAAGAUAUUCAAAAAAAAUUAUUUCCCACAGUGGUCCCCCUGAAUUAUAUUCAAAUUUAGGGUGUGUUGCAGUUCUAUAUUUUGCUGUUUGCAUUUAUGUUUGUUCUGGGAUAAAAUAUUCAAUUUUACCGUAAAGUGGAAGUCAAGUCUGUUCUGCUCAUCGGUUCUGCUCAUAACAAUGUGAGGACCCUCUAAAGUGAACAUUGCCCAAAUUUCGAAUGUAUCGAAUUUUUCUGAACAUAAACUCUAUUUUAUAUUAAUUUAAAAGCAUAGCGAACCAAAACGGCAUCCAGAUGAUCAGACAGUACAUCGUAUCUUAAAAAAUACAGCAGUUCAAAAUGUAAACAAACUGUUUGUUUUCUUUACAGACUUGACUUCCACUUCAAAUUGAUGUUUCAUGAAAUUUAGUUCAAUUUAGUAGAGAGAUGAGUGUAAUUUAUUAACAAUGAAAAUUAAAGCCCAGCAAAUGACUUUCAGACAAGACAUAACAAAAAUAUAAAAUUUAUUGGCUAACGUUCCGUUGUAUUGUUCACAACAUCUUCAGAGCAAUUGAAUUUAUUUACAAGCGUCUAUUAUAUAUAUACAAAUUUUUAAACGGUUACAUUAGUGCAUAAAGUAUUUAGGGUAUUUUAAAGCUAAAUUUGUUUUAAAAUUUGUCAUUUUAGUGAAAUGAUGUGGAACACAAUGCAUUCUUUUCUGGUUGUCUUGGUUUUUGCAAGGAGACAUUGGGCAUUGUAAUGAAUGGAUGACAAUGUGUGUUGCUGGCAAACCUACACCAUGUGCAAUUUUCCUGGUGGAUAUCUUGGGCAAAUGUGCAACAUCACAAGGGAUAUCUUGGUACGAUUAUUAAAUAUAAUAGUGAUAAAAUGGGGGUUUCCUGCAAAUAAGAACAAAGUAAGGUUGCCCAAUUAAGUGGAAACAAUAUUGCGGAGUGUAACAAUCUAACAAUAUGAUGGACUGAUUAAUCUGUAAAAAUGAUGCAUGUUUAGAAAAAGCAAAAAUUGCGGCAUAAAUAUAUCAGGAAACAGGCUUCAAAUGUACCUGUACAUUCUUAAAUCGCUUUGAGGUGGUUUUCCGUCAAUCUCAAAUUAACUUGGGCGUUUUAGUUUUUAGUUUGGCAUGAUUUAGGAUUUUUAUUUUAUUUUCAUUUAUGAUUUUCUAUAAAUGCCCCAACUAGUUUAUAUGUAAUACCAUAACAUAUAAUAUAUAGAUUGUAAACUUUAUAAUGUAUAUGUAUCUAAUACAACUACAUUCUGUGUUGGGUUGUUUGGGUUCGAUAAGUUUUUAGUAGGCAUGAUUUAGGAUUGUUUUUAUUUAUGAUUUCUAUAAAUUGGAUCCCCAAGUCAACUAAUUUGCAACAUGUCUAAUACAGUAUAUGGUUGUAAAAUUUAUAAUUGGUGUGUGACAAGUGAGGCUGAAGCAAGCAAGCAGAGCGCAGCAUUCUAAUAUGUACAGACAGGGGGUUUUGUAGUAAGUUGUAUUUACAGUAUGGUAUUCUUGUCAUGCUUGCUAUGCACAGAUUAAUCAUGCCUCGCGUCAUGCCUCGUGUCAAAGAUUUUUCGAGGCUGGUUUCCAUAUAGAUAUUUUCUGCGUGGUUAAGUGUUUUCACUGUUUUGUUUCCUGAGUUAUGUUAUCUGAUAAUUAGGAAGCGCGAAAAGGGUUUUUCAUAAUAAUAAAUGUUCUCUGAUCGUAAAACAUUUAUUUAAUAUUUUAUGAUGUGGCCGGAGCUCAGAGCUGUAAUUCGGCCGGAGACGAAAAACCGGAGUUUGCACAGCACUAGCUUGUGUUGCUGAUAAUAUACCAUCCAGCGUCUAUUUUUGACAAAAUUCUUGAACAAAGCAUAUUUCAAUGUUUGCAAUGUGACCAUUGCAUAUGGCUGUCAAAAACGUCAAGAUUUAGAUUGUUUUGUAAAACAUUGUGCGGCUCGCGCCUAACUAUUGUUGUGGAUUUUAGAACUCUUUUUAUGCUUUAACCCAUUGAGUGGCAGCACUGUCCAUUUGACAAGUAAUAUCCUGUGGUGUUAGACAGAGUAAAAUACUAAAGUAGGGUGCAUCAGGGCAUAAUGCAACUUAAAUGGUUAACCAAAACAAAGUUCAUACAUUUUGUUUGAAAAAUAUUUUUACACAGUAUCGUGCCUGUUCGUAUUUUGAAGUUCCUUGUUACACCUGGCCGAUUCACACUCACCUGCGACAACUUAGGGGGGUUGUGUGCUUGAUUUGCACAGUGCAACUCAAGUUGUAAGCAUGUUGUAUUGGACCAUCUGAUGCAAAUGACCAAUAUUUUUCAAUUGAUGUUUUUUAUCACUUGAAAGUAAUUACUUUCAAUUACUGUCGAUGCAAUGGAAGUGUUGAUAAAAUAUUGCAUGAAUUCAUUUCCUCAAGUUGAUCAAUUCAUACGAAUUCAAAUUUCGUUUUACUUCCUGUGCGUUUUCUAUUGGCCAAUCGGUUCUGAAACGAAAUCUAAUUGGCUCAUCCAAAAGUAACAGGAAGUUGAUCAAUUUUGUAUCAAAUGAAUUGAUCAACUUGAGGAAAGGAAUUGGUGCAAUAUUUUAUCAACACUUCCAUUGCAAUCGACAGUAAAAGAAUGGAUUUGGACAAUUUUCUGAAAGUUUGGAGUAGGUUUGUGAAUUUUUCAAAAAUAUUGUGUGUUCCCCCCUUUUGAUUUGACCAAAAUAUUCCAAUUCAUGUUUUUAUCAUUUGGAAGUAAUUGUUUUCAGAAGGUUCACAUUAUUUUCCUAAUUAUAGACUUGUAAUUGUGUGACAUAAUGACAUAGUUAUAGUUUGUGUUCUUCUAACCAUCCUUGAACUUUUGUUCAAGCCUAGUGACUUAUUUCAGUACAUGAAAAUCAUCCCACCUGUCAUCCUGUCCCUUAGCCAGCCAUUAAGUUGAUUUGCACCCUAAUUUACCUACUUAUAUUGUAAAAUACUCGAGUAGAGCAUGCAUCAGGGCACAGUACAAUUUUUUUUGUAGCAAAAGUUUUAUAUCUGAAUUAAUUAUUGAUUUUUUGCUUUGUUUUACAGAUCAUUACUGAACAUGCUAUUUAUAAAAUAUCGUGUUACCAAGAUGACAUGCCUCGAGGAGCAAUACAGGACGAAAUACCUCUAUUUCUGAUCAAAUUACAACAAUACACCAAAGACAGUAGUUAUGAUCAUGAAGCUAUGAAUUUAAAGAAAAUGUACAAAACGACAAAGACAAUGAUGAUGAAAUUGGAUGCCUCGGAUGAAAUGAAAGGAUUGAAUGUCAUGGUCAGCAGUCGAUAUUUGUGACUAUACUAAAUGGCUACAAAGAAACUAUGAUGGAUAUACAAAGGUCACAGAAAUGUCUACUUUCAGGUACUGUUCUUUCUUGUUUGCCUGCGAACAGGCUGUAGAUAUGUAGAUAUUGUACCCAGGUCAUUGUUUGUUUUGUUGUUCUGGAUACAAUGAAAUCCGGCAUAAAUCCUGGCG